UUUCAGAUCCAUACAGACCACAAGCCACUCUUGGGGCUCUUCACAUCAGACCGGCAAACGCCACAGAUGCUUUCACUGCGAAUGUUGCAUUGGUUCAUUUUUCUGAAUGAAUACCAGCGUACUCUCCACCACCGACCAGGAAAACAGUUAGGCCACACAGAUGGUUUCAGCAGACUGCCCCAAGCGGACCAGUGUCAGGAUGACCCUUUGCCAGCAGAGGUCGUCAUGCUUCUGGACGUACUUCCAGAAUCUCCAAUUCAUGCAGACGAUGUGGCGAAGUACUCCAACAAGGACGCUAUCCUCUCCCGUGUCCUCAACUGGGUGUGGAAGGGUUGGCCAAGGUGUGCUCCGAGUUCCGAAUUCACACCAUUCGUGUCCAGGCAACAUGAGCUGUUCGCCCACAAGGGAUGCUUACUGUGGGGUGACCGUGUGGUGAUUCCACAGAGGCUUCGUUUCCGGGUCCUCAAAGCUCUGCAUGUCGGACACCCAGGCAUCGUCAGAAUGAAAGCCCUUGCCCGCAGUUAUGUAUGGUGGCCCGGCAUGGAUGCGGCCAUUGAGGAAUGGGUCCGGCGAUGCCUUCCUUGCCAGGAAACACGGCCCGAUAUGCCUCGGGCACCUGUGCACCUACGAGAGACGACCCGGACUCCAUGGUCACGCCUGCACAUUGAUUUCGCUGGUCCAUUCCAAGGACAGACCUUCUUGAUUGUGGUGGAUUCUUAUUGCAAAUGGCUGGAGGUCAUACCAAUGUCGUCAAUGACAUCGAGUGCUGUAAUCACUACCUUACGAAGAUUGUUCGCAACUCAUGGCCUGCCAAAUACCCUCGUCUCAGACAAUGGCCCGCAAUUCACAUCCACAGAAUUUCGAGGGUUCCUGGAUGCAAACCUCAUCUGCCAAGUGACAUCUGCACCGUUCCAUUCAUCCACGAAUGGGCAGGCUGAAAGGAUGGUACGGACCACCAAAGAGGCAUUAUCUCGGAUAAUCCGAGGAAGCUGGGCACAGCGCCUGGCAGACUUCACUCUACAGCAGCAUGUAACUCUGCACACAGUCACGGGACGCUCCCCGUGCGAGUUACUGAUGGGCCGCCGACUGUCUACCAUGCUGGACCGGCUGCACCCAGACCGGGCCCCUGACAAGUCCUCCCGAUUGGCAGAAGCUCUGCCUACACCACGCACAUUCCUGCCCGACGACCCUGUAUUUGUACGCAACUACAGCCAGGGCCCACCAUGGGUACCUGCUGUGAUUUCCAGAGCAACUGGCCCGAUCUCUUAUGAGGUGGUUCUUCCGGACAGCCGUGUGUGUCGCCGGCACGUGGACCAGCUUCGUCGUCGGAGCAGCAGUCCCAUGAGGUUAGCCGAAACCGUACCUGAAGGAGGACAGCCCGAGGUCCGGCCUGUGUCAAGCCCUUCACCUGUCGGAGUGAGCUGCAGCAAGACACCAGAUCCCAGUGAAACCGAGGAGCAACUAAGAGUCAUGCUACCAUCUGAGGAGCAACCAAGAGUCAUGCUACCUUCGGACGACACAGCAGCACCUCAGCCAGCAACAACAGAGCAAAGUGUAGAAUUGCCGGGGCCACGCCGUUCGCAGCGUUCCCGUAAGACACCCCAACAUCUUCGGGACUUUGUGCUGGCAUUGGCUGACUGUUGAGUCCGAACUACGGGGGAAGGAGUGUUGUGUACUGAUUCUGGACGCUGAGUUCCGUGGAUGAUGGAUUUUCGUCAAUCAGCCCUGGUGUUGAAGAGUACCCUCUUCCAGCCCCAAGAGUAUAUAUAUAUGCCAGUUGUAAUCAAGAUCCCCUGUUCUGUGUUGUUUCGUGACGGCAAUAAAGAGCUAUUGCCGAUACUGCCUUGUAGCGAUGGUGCCUCGUGAUAGGACUCACGCAGCAAC